AUGGCUGACUCCACCCAAUCAGAGUUUGUGACACUUGUGUCAUGCGAUGGCUUUGAGUUCAUCAUUCCACGCAGUGCUGCCUGCAUAUCAGGGACCAUCCGGCGCAUGCUGGACCCUGCAAGUAAAUUCUCAGAGUCUCUAAGUGGUCGCUGUGUACUGGAGAACCUAAGUGGGGUCGUCCUCGAGAAAGUCUGCGAAUACUUCAUGUACAAUGAGAAGCACAAGGACCAGGCUAAUGUGCCCGAUAUGGAGAUCCCGGCAGAGCUAUGUCUGGAGCUCUUGAUGGCUGCUGACUACUUGGACACUUGA